ACUGUGUCAUUCUCUAGCAUGCCACUACCUCAUACUUCUUGUGGGAGAUAGUGCACUGCAACAAGACAAUGUGUACAUACCUUACACCCUGGAGAUUUGAACUUGUGAUGUCAAGUUCACAAAUUCUCCACCACUAAACCAACUCAGACUGUACUAUUGAAAAAAGAGAGUAACUAAUAACAGAGAAUUCCAAUCAACAAUUUGUUUAUAAUAGAGCAGGCUGUUAGAAUCCACAGCUUCUCUCUUUAGAGCUACCUAAGUUAUCUACGAACAUCUACAAUGGCAACUACAGUUAUUCCACGAGUCAUUCUAGGCAGUCAAGGUUUGCAGGUUUCUAAGUUGGGAUAUGGAUGCAUGGGGCUCACCGGAACAUAUAAUAAACCUCUCUCCGAAGAAGAUGUAAUUUCUAUGAUCAAGUAUGCUUUCGAGAAAGGCAUUACCUUCUUUGAUACAGCAGAUGUAUAUGGCGCCACUACCAAUGAAGUUCUUGUUGGGAAGGCCUUAAAGCAGCUUCCUCGUGACAAAAUUCAACUUGCAACAAAGUUUGGUGUUGUAACUACUGCUGAUGGUAAGAUAGAUGCCAAGGGUUCCCCAGAGUAUGUCCGGAAAUGUUGUGAAGAAAGCCUUAAGCGGCUUGACGUGGAGUACAUAGAUCUAUAUUAUCAGCAUAGGAUAGAUACGUCAAUUCCUAUUGAAGAAACCAUCGGGGAGCUCAAAAAGCUUGUGGAAGAGGGAAAAAUAAAAUAUAUUGGACUGUCAGAAGCCAGCGUUGACACCAUUAGAAGAGCCCAUGCAGUGCAUCCUAUUACUGCUGUUCAGCUUGAGUGGUCCCUUUGGACUCGUGACAUUGAAGAGGACAUAAUCCCAGUAUGCAGGGAGUUAGGUAUUGGCAUGGUACCAUACAGUCCUCUUGGUCGUGGAUUCUUCUCUGGAAAGGCAGUUGUGGAGAGCUUACCAGAAAAUAGUACAUUGAUUAAUCAUCCGCGGUUUAGAAGGGAAAAUCUGGAGAAGAACAAAAUUUUCUACACCCGGGUUGCAGAUUUAGCAAAAAAGUAUGGGUGUACAACUGGUCAGCUUGCUCUUGCAUGGGUCCUGCAUCAAGGUGAUGAUGUUGUUCCCAUUCCUGGAACUACUAAAACCAAGAACCUGGAUGAGAAUAUUGGCUCCUUGAACAUAAAACUCUCGCAAAGGGACUUGCAAGAAAUUGCGGAUUCAGUACCAGCUGAUGAAGUUGUUGGUAUCCGAGCUUAUGAUUCCUUCAGUCAUACGAUAUGGAGAUUUGCAGAUACCCCACAGAAAUCUUAGAAUAGAUAAUUGCUGUGGUAGAAUGAUCUCACUGCUUAUAGUUGGUUAAAUUUUCUGUAGCUAAAUUUAUAAGUAGUUAAGAGUUAUGCUAGGCUUAGAAUGGGUUGACAAACUUUAUUGCUUGUUGCUUGUCAUUCUAUACCUUAUCAAUAAAAUGUUUAUUAUCCCUAA